AUGUUUAUUUUUUAUUUUAAUAUUCUAUUUUGUUCCAUUCCUUUUAUAUUCAGUGUGUAUGAUGCUAAACUCGUCAAGUGUCUAUAUAACUACCCUGUAAACAAUAAUUUUCUACAUCUCAAUGAUGUCUCUGCUCAGUGCCAAAAGGAAUCCGUCGAUUCCUACUCCUAUGAAGACGCCUUAAAGAGAUGUGCUUUUGAUUUAAACUGCGUUUAUGUAAGGGUCGCUGAGUAUGAUGUGUACAAUGAAACUCAUGGUAACUCAAAGUUGUGUUUCUCUGCCAACUUAAGUGCUCUUUAUCCCAUAAAUAAUGGACUGGUCUCAAUUAAGGUUGAUAUGUGGGAAUGCCAAAGGCUCAACUGCGACUACUUUACCAUAGGCUUUUAUAAGGAGAACAAUAAUAACAUUUUCGACAGGGACACUGUUACUAGGACCAACAGUGCUCAAUUUUGUGUUGGUGAUCCUCUGGGCCUCUAUUCUGAGGGGUACCUCAUGGCCGAGAGGGUUCGCAGCAAGUAA